AUUAGACUCUCGUUUCCCCUCAUGAUUUUGACCAGUUGACUACCUAGCUUGUUUUACCCCAUUAGUUGGGGGCCUGCCCUCAAUCUGGACUGGGCAGGAUCAUGGAGUGGGUACGUAUUUUGGAUUGGGAUUUUGGCAACCGCCAUCUAGGUAACUUAUGUUCUCCCAGGUCGUAGCAUUUCCACAAGAUGACUCCCGUCUCCUUCUGGGAACCUGGGGAACGAAGUCGGAGAACAGGGUCGGGGUGCUGUUCCCUUCCCCGCACGAUUCAAGUGCCGAAUAUCUGGUCUAGUGCAGGAGGUCCACAUGCCCUAGUUCAUUCUCUCGCCCUCUUGCCCACAUGUGCAAGGGGGAAUCCAACCGAGUGCACAACUCGGGACGUAAAACGGCAAAGAUGGCAGGUCCGCCAGAAGCCACGGACCGCCACCCCGUCGUCAUCAUAGGCGGCGGGCCAGUCGGCCUCUCGGCUAGCAUCCUGCUCUCCCUCCGCGGCAUCCCGCACGCCCUCUUCGAGCGCCACCGGGGCACCUCGAUCCACCCCAAGGCGUGCGGCAUUAACCAGCGGACGACCGAGAUCUUCCGCGCCAUGGGUGGCGGCCUGGCCGCCGUGCGCGCCGCCGCCGCCCCGGACGACGUCAAGGGCCGCACCGCCUGGUGGACGGCUCUCGGCCCGGGCGGCAGGGAGAUCUUUCCCCGCGACGCAUGGGGCGGUGGCGCUUACGCGGACGAGUAUGCCGCGCAUGGCCCUACGAGGUACGAGGUCAUGCCGCAGAACCGGCUGGAGCCCCUGCUGGUGCGGAGGGCGCGGGAGCUGAACCCGGCGGCGUUGAGGUUUGGGGUCGAGGUCACGGACCUUGUCGUCGACGAGGCGGAUGGUGGUGGGGUCCGGGUGAAGGUGAGGUCAAGCAGGGGCGAGGAGAGUGAGGUGCUCGCCCGGUUCGUGAUCGCCGCCGAUGGCGGGAGGAGCGUCACGGACAAGCUUGGCGUGCCAUGGAUCGGUGAGAGGGACGUUAUGGAUAUGGUGUCGGUGCACUUCCGUUCGCCGCUCAGGUCGCGACACCCGGAUCCGCGCAACUUCAUCAUCUGGUUCACUCACCCGGACCAGGGAGGUAGUGUCAGGACCGGGUACCUUUACCAGAUCGGCCCCUGGCCGUUCGACAGUCCGGAGGCACGAGACAGCGAGGAGUGGGUAUUUUCUUGUGCGCCGACGGCAUCGGACCCGAGCAAAUUCCAUCGGCUGGUUUUACCCCUCGGUAGAUGCAGACGGCGAAGGGGUUCGAGACAACCAUGGUGGGCAGUUAUUGGGCAACGGCGAGCUCGUCACCGAGUUUUUCAAGCCGUCCACCAUCCCGGGCCAUCACAUUCCACACUUGUGGAUGUCCCAAGGCAGGGCAGACCGUUGCGAUCCGCGAUUUGAUUCCGUUGAACAAAUUCUUGCUGUUGGCAGAUACUAGCAGCGCAUGGGAGUUUCUCGAAAGUGAUCUCGUCCAUGUUGAAUUGGUAGGCGAAAAUGGCUGGACAGAUGCUUCUGGAGAAUGGAAAGGAUUCAUCAGCGCAAAGGCCGCCAUCCUGGUCAGGCCCGAUGGGAUCAUCGCGUGGAGAGACAGCUGGGACCAAGGGCUCGCGGAGAAGUGGUCAGGUAUACUCGAUCGCGCACUCUAUGCGACCUCAUGAGCUGGCCUGCAACUGCAGGGUAGACGUAAGAUUGGUGAUUGAUCGCCAACCCAUACCACCUAGCCACGGUCCAUUCUCGUCAGUACUCCCACGAAGGGACCAGGGGACUGCAUUGAAAAUACAUGAGUAUAUAUGAGCCACUAGCCAAAAUGAAUCCCACCAACUUGCCG